AUGAAAAAGAUUGGCAUUUUAUUUCCCCUACUACUUUUCAUUAAUUUCUAUGGUACAGCACUGGGAAGUAAUUAUGACCAGUACAUAGACAGAUUGAUAAAUGAUGGAAAAUUGUACUAUGAUGAUUAUCUCCAUGAGAAUCCUGAAUCAGAAUCAUUUUUAGAAAAUCUAUUUUCCUUAAAACAUCCAAUUUUUCAAGAAGAUUAUCCUGGAAAUUAUGAAAUUAGUGAUCGACAAUGGAAUGCAUUUCUCAAUGAAGUGAACCGUGCUAAAGCAGGCAGAUUUGAAGAACCUUCUGUUGAUAAAACAGAUGAUAAUGAGUUAAAUUAUGAAAGGAAAUCAGAUUCUGCCUACGAAUCAAAUCCGAAUGAAAAUAAUAUUGCCAAAAUGUUACAUGAACCAGGAUUAACAGAACGACGUAAUGAAAUAGCUUAUCAAAAUCCAUUAUGGGGAGAACAUAAAGUCUCUGGAGGCUCUGGCGAGGUAGGACAGUGGAUAGACUAUGCUCUUCUCGGUGCUGGAGCACAAGAUAUUCUUAAUAAUGAAUCAUAUGAUAAUUUUAGCUUAUCAAAUGAACUUGAUUCUAGUCAUAUAGAAUCUAAAGUUGAUAAUUUACCAGCUUAUUGUGAUCCUCCUAAUCCAUGUCCUAUAAACUAUAAGUCUGAGGAUUUACCAACGCCUUGUGAUCAUGAUAUUGAAGAUACAAUAGAAUUCAAUCGUGAAUGGAUAUUAAGAAAAAUGCAGAAUGGUGAAUGUUCAUGUGAUAAUGAACAUAUGGAUAGUUGUCCAGUUGAUUCUAAUGAAAAUGGAUUUAAAACAAGUUUCUCAACAGAACAAAAGGCGAACGGAAAGACUUUUUGGGAAAAUCCAUAUCUUCGGGGUCAAAAACGCAAAAGACUGGUUGCAAAGAAAAGGGUCAAACGUUCACAGAUAUAUCGAUACAAUCCUUAUCUUAUGGGACAAGUUCAUAAAAGCGCAGUGAAGAAAACUGGACCAUAUAGACCAACGGGAGAAAAAUAUAUGUAG